CUUUUGCCGGCCAGGCUUAAAACUUUUAAGGGACCUCGAUCGGCUUUGUAUCUCCUUUGUAAUAAUUAUGACCGAUCAAUUAUUUCGUCGACAUGUAGUUGGGUUGGCGGCCGGCCGGUUUAUACUAUUAAGGGAAGCCUAGGAGAUGGAUUAAUAAUAGGUAUAGCAAAAAUACCCACAAUUACACUUUUUUCUUUUGUGUGACAAUGACAAUUGAACAAAAAUUCAUGGUAUUUACUAGUUUUGUAACGCAAGCGAGUUUUAUUUAUUUUUUUAUUCGAUAUGUUGGAUCGAGUGUGAAUUUUUUUAAAACACGGUUCAACACUGUCAAAGCGAGUUGCAAUUGAACCCAGGCCCGUUGUUGGAAUUUAUCCGCUUUAAUAUUUUUUUUAUUUUUCUUUUUUCUUUUGGUUGAGAAUGACAAUUGAAGCCAGACCCGUUGUUGACGAGUUUUAUAUUGAGAACUAGUUUUAUCCGCUUUUGCUAUUGCCAGAUUCGAUCGAGCGUGAAUUUUUCAACGUAAGUUAUGUUGAUAUUAUGGUUUUAUAUGUAACUUGUGUUGCGCGCAGGGAAACAAUUCGUCGAUGUAUGUAAAGGACAAUCCGAAAAGCUGGAGAUUAGGAUCAUGAUUGAGUAUGGUGAUUACAAUCACCUAUUGUUCAUGAUGAUUUCUUCGCCCCUUCAGAUUUUUGUGUGUUGUCGAGAUGUGAUGUUGCCGGCGGCCCCGUUUAUACCUUUCCUUUUAAGGGAAACAAUAAAGCUGCAAGACACUUAGAUAUCUCACUUUCUAUAUAUAAGAGAUCAUCACAAAAUAAACACACAAAAGACAAUAACAAGAUAAAUAAUUGGGAACAAUUCCUUCGCUUGGGUGUAUGUAUUAUUCGUCCAAAAAUUGAAGCAAAACCUUAUAUGGCACUAAAUUAUUUACGUGGACGAGUUUUACCAAUAUAUGAUGUGGUUAUUACUUGAAGAUAGAUUAUUUGUCGACGAUCGGAAGUGAUGAGGUAUGGAGAUCGAAGGCACUAUAGUGAAAUUGCUAUCUGUUAUCCGUAACGAUGGCAAAACCAUAUAUUAGUAAAUCACGUAAAUUACUUUCUUGCACUGUUGAUUUCUAAAUCGGUUCUAAAACAUCAUUUAGAGUUUUUACGAAAUGGGUGACUACAUUGAAUACAUCCAAGUGCAGGAAUCGGAUAAUGGAUAUAGGAGAUCCAAGUGACUCUUGUAUUCAAAUCCCAACCCUUUACCAUCAUUGCACUAUAAAAUAGAAAAACACAGCAUUUAACUAAAAGGAAGAGGAAACAAAUUAAACAAUAAUCUAUAUAGGCCGAGAUAUUGAGAGCAAAAGGAUUUCUACAAUCCCCUCCAUCAAAUUGAUCACCAUGCGGGUUGCAGCGGUUGUUGCAGCCUUAGUAAUAAUUCUGGCUCCUCAUCCCUUGAUUCAGUCUUACACGGAGUAUGUUCACAAUGAGCUGAGUGGCAAGAAGCUGAUAGUGCAUUGUCGAUCCGAAGACGACGAUAUUGGAGCUCAAAUGGUGGAUGUAGGCUCUGAUCUGCACUGGGAUUUCUAUGGCGGCGACAGAACACUCUUUUGGUGCAAGGUGGCCGUGGAAGAUCGACGACUCUCUUUCGACGCAUAUACUAAUUCAGAUGGCUCUAUUUGUUGUCGUGAUAUUCACUGGUCGGUGAGAGACGAUGGGCUUCAUCUUUUGGACCCCGAUGGCCAAGAAUUGACGUCCCAUCGACGGGGAUGGAACCAUCUAUAGCUCUAAUUAAUAUUAUCUUAGGGAUCGUUUGGUUUUGGUGAUACUUAAAUCAAUGCAUUAUGAUCCAUGCAUGUAUUGUAAUAUACAUGUAAUUAAGAAAAUGAGGCAUUGUAGAUUACCUUGUUAAAUGAGGCAUUGUAGAUUUUUAGAUAAGGGUGAUAUAGGUUUUUUUUUUUUAAUUAGGUACUACUGAAGAGAUUUGAACCUGGGACCUCCAGGUUCAAGGCUAGUAGUAUUACCACUAGACCAAUCCCUUGUUCGUGGCAUUGUAGAUUACCUUGUUUGGUUUUGGUGAUAGUUAUUUUAGCAUUCAAAAAGUCUAUUGAUAAGCAAUUUCAAAAGGCUAUUAUCGAUAUAUGUAAAAAUAUCUAGGGAUAUAAUUGGAACAAAAUAACAUUCAAACAAUCUACUUAAACAAUCUCAAGUUUUGCUUGAGAUAGUAAUAUCACUCAAAUAUGAGUGAUUGUUUCCAUCAAAUCAACAAAAUAAUGAUUGCAUUGUUGAAGAACAAAAAAAAAACAAUGUAUUGCCAACAAUCAUUGUAACAAUCCCCACUAAACUAUCACCAAAACCAAACAACCCCUUGUACUAAGUUAUAUACUGGACGCUAGGAAGCCAAACCCUAGCAAGAUACGGCCAACUAAUCUCCUUCCAAACCAAGGAAACUAUUACAUUACGUGAACCAACAGACAGCUGCACUUCAACUACAAAACUGACUUAGCUCACUACCAAGGAAACUAUUUGAGAUGUGCCUUGCGUGAUUAGGCUUUCACAUCUUCAUAUUUGUCUACGGUUUAAUAUAAGCAUUAGGUCCGCGCAUUUUUCAACAACUUGAAUUAUUAACACAGACAGAGGAUUGAUAAGCAUGGAGUAGAGAGUUGUCAAGGGCACAAGAUGCAACAAAAUAUAAAUAGUACAUGAGAUCACGAUUAAGUGUGGAUAACUUCUAAUGGGUUAGGUCUGGUGGUAUAACGAGAACAUCUAGCACACUCUAAGUUCGAACCAUAAGGCCAACAACCAACGAAAGAAAGAAGAAAAAUUGAAGGAAGAAGUAUGGAUUGGGGAGCUAGCUAGAGGUGUUUCCACUCCCGUCGAUAGGAUUCGAUUUCUCCCUCCGGAUAAACUAGAUGAACCCCAUCAUCCCUGACCACCCAGUAAAUGUUACGACGGCACAAGUCAUUGUCCGACUGUUGAUAUGCGUCGAAGGAAAGACGUUUAUCUUACACUGCCAAUUUGCACCAAAACAGUGUCGACCCAAAAUCCGCAUAGAAAUCCCAGUGCAAAUCAGAGCCUACAUCCACGAUGUGAGCUCCAAUAUCGUCGUCUUUGGAUCGACAAUGAACUAUCAGUUUUUUUUAUUAUUUAGCUCUCAUCUCAUUUUUGACAGAAACCGGACUCUGGAUCGAGGGACGUGCUAGAAUUAUCAAAGCCACGACGACCACCACCACAGCCGGUUGUAAUUUUGAGGGGAUUAGCUGCAGCCUCCACAUCCUGAUCAAUGUGAUGAAGAAGAAGCAGAAUGUAGGAAUGAAUUCUUCUACUCUUU